GGCGGCGCAUGCUCGGAGUGGGGAGCGGUGCUGCCCGCGGGUGCUGAGGGGGAGCGGCGGCCAUGGGCGAGACCGAGAGGCUUUAUUAUGUGUACAGCUGCGACCUGGACAAUCAACGUGGCAGCUCAAGAUAGGAAGUUUGGAAGGGAAAAGAGAACAGAAGAGUUACAAAGCUCUCUUGGAAGAUCCGAUGCUGAAGUUCUCAGGACUGUAUCAAGAUACCUGCUCUGACUUGUAUGUAACUUGUCAGGUGUUUGCAGAGGGGAAACCUCUUGCUCUUCCAGUUAGAACUUCAUACAAGGCUUUCAGCACUAGAUGGAACUGGAAUGAGUGGCUGAAGCUGCCUGUGAAGUAUCCAGACUUGCCUCGCAAUGCACAGGUGGCUCUGACCAUCUGGGAUGUGUAUGGCCCUGGUAAAGCAGUUCCUGUGGGAGGAACAACAGUCUCGCUCUUUGGGAAAUAUGGGAUGUUUCGACAAGGAAUGCAUGACUUGAAAGUGUGGCCCAACGUGGAAGCUGAUGGCUCAGAGCCCACCAAAACUCCUGGGAGAACCAGCAGCACAGUCUCUGAAGAUCAAAUGAGCCGCUUAGCAAAGCUCACCAAGUCUCAUCGGCAAGGUCACAUGGUGAAAGUGGACUGGCUGGACAGACUGACCUUUAGAGAAAUAGAAAUGAUCAAUGAGAGGGAAAAGCGAAGUUCCAAUUUUAUGUACCUGAUGAUUGAAUUCCGCUGCGUCAAGUGUGAUGAUAAAGAAUAUGGAAUAGUUUACUACGAAAAGGAUGGUGAUGAGUCAUCUCCAAUUCUAACAAGUCCUGAAAUUGUUAAGAUUCCAGAUCCCCAGAUGUCUAUGGAGAACUUAGUAGAAAGCAAACAUCACAAGCUUGCUCGAAGUUUAAGAAGUGGACCUUCUGAUCAUGACCUGAAGCCUAAUGCAACUACACGAGAUCAGCUUAAUAUCAUAGUGAGUUAUCCACCGACAAAGCAGCUAACGUACGAGGAACAGGAUUUGGUUUGGAAAUUCAGAUAUUACCUAACUCAUCAGGAGAAGGCCCUGACAAAAUUCUUAAAAUGUGUCAACUGGGAUCUACCACAAGAGGCAAAGCAAGCCCUGGAGCUGCUGGGCAAGUGGAAGCCCAUGGAUGUGGAAGACUCUCUAGAGCUUCUGUCAUCCCACUUCACCAACCCAACAGUUCGGCGCUAUGCUGUUGCCAGGCUUCAGCAGGCUGAUGAUGAGGAUUUGCUGAUGUACCUGCUACAGUUAGUCCAGGCAUUGAAAUAUGAAAAUUUUGAUGACAUAAAGAAUGGACUAGAGCCUAGCAAAAGGGACAGUCAAGGUUCCAUGUCAGAAACUAUGUCAACGUCUGGAACUAGUGCAGAAAUAGACAGUUCCCAGAUUAUGAGUCCUAUUCCACCUGUCUCCUCUCCACCUCUUACUUCUAAGACAAAAGAGCUUGCAGAAAAUGAAAACCUUGAUCAAGACCUUUGCACUUUCUUGAUAUCACGAGCAUGCAAAAAUUCCACGUUGGCAAACUACUUGUACUGGUAUGUAAUAGUGGAGUGUGAAGACCAAGACACUCAGCAGAGGGACCCAAAGACUCACGAAAUGUACUUAAAUGUGAUGAGAAGAUUCAGUCAGGCUUUGCUGAAGGGUGAUAAGUCUGUCAGGGUUAUGCGCUCGCUGUUGGCAGCCCAGCAGACAUUUGUGGACCGGCUGGUUCAUGUAAUGAAAGCAGUGCAGCGUGAAAGUGGGAACCGCAAGAAAAAGAAUGAGAGGCUUCAGGCAUUGUUAGCUGAUAAUGAAAAGAUGAAUUUAGCAGAUAUGGAACUUAUUCCACUUCCUCUGGAACCUCAGGUGAAAAUUAAAGGAAUAAUCCCUGAAAAAGCCACACUCUUCAAGAGUGCCUUAAUGCCUGCUCAGUUAUUCUUCAAGACAGAAGAUGGAGGCAAAUAUCCAGUAAUUUUUAAGCAUGGUGAUGAUUUACGUCAAGAUCAACUUAUUCUUCAGAUUAUUUCACUCAUGGAUAAGCUCUUAAGGAAGGAGAAUCUGGACUUGAAGCUGACACCCUAUAAAGUGCUGGCAACUAGUACGAAACAUGGCUUCAUGCAGUUUAUUCAGUCAGUACCAGUUGCAGAAGUUCUUGCUACUGAGGAAACAAUACAGAACUUCUUCAGAAAACAUGCACCUAGUGACACUGGCCCUCAUGGGAUAAGUGCAGAGGUGAUGGACACAUAUGUUAAGAGCUGUGCUGGUUAUUGUGUGAUUACUUAUAUCCUUGGAGUUGGAGAUAGACAUCUGGAUAAUCUACUGCUAACAAAAACAGGUAAACUGUUCCACAUUGACUUCGGUUACAUUUUGGGCCGGGACCCCAAACCCCUUCCUCCCCCGAUGAAGCUGAACAAGGAGAUGGUGGAAGGCAUGGGAGGGACACAGAGUGAGCAGUACCAGGAGUUCCGCAAGCAGUGCUACACGGCCUUCCUGCAUCUCCGCAGGUAUUCCAACUUGAUCUUGAACUUAUUUUCUCUCAUGGUGGAUGCCAACAUUCCAGAUAUUGCUCUUGAACCCGACAAGACUGUAAAAAAGGUGCAGGACAAGUUUCGUUUGGACCUGUCUGAUGAGGAAGCUGUCCAUUAUAUGCAGAGUCUAAUUGAUGAAAGUGUUCAUGCCCUCUUUGCAGCUGUGGUGGAGCAGAUACACAAGUUUGCACAGUAUUGGAGAAAAUAAACCUUUUUGCCUACACGUGCUGGAAACAAGCAAAUGCUCAAGAAAGAGACUUUCUCAAGCCCUUGUGGACUUCACCAAGCAGCUUUGGAAGGAAAAAGCUGCAGAUUUAGGAAUAUGGAGCACUGAGAGCUCAGAAAGUAGAGAAGCUUUUUGAGUCUCUGUUCUUCACAGGUUUAAAACCAACUAACUUUUAAAGGAAAAUGAUUGUUUAUACCAUCCUUGGGGGCCUCAAAGGUCGAAGUAAGCAACUUCCUCUCAAGCCAAAGAUAACUGGAAGAGGGUGGAUUUCAUGAGGAAUUCUUGUACCUGUUAAUAUAUUUUCUUAUUUAAAAUAUAAGUACAUACAAAGUUACAGCAGAGAGGCCGCAGUUCCUCGGUGCAGCAAAAACCCCACAGAACUAUGGCAAUCUCCUCUCAUCCCUUCCCACCAACUUUCUUCCCCGAGUAAAUUUUAAAUGUAAUGUCAUAUGAUCCUUUAUUUCCCACCUUGGGCAAUGUUACCAUUUAGAAAGGACAAUCAUUUCUUGCCUGCUUACAAAAAUGUUUUUAAGUGUUGAUAAGUUACCCAGCCAUAGGCAUCCAAUUAAAUCAUCACUAACAGGCUUAGCAACCAGAAUGCACAGUGAGUGGUUCAGUAUUUCACACUUUUACUCUCAAUGUUUUCUGUACAGUGAUUAUAUAUUCCUCACUCUAAUAAAAUCUUUGUUGUUGCAGUCUUGAA